AUGCGCAUGAACAAAAUACAGAACCCUUUCCUAGAAUCGGAGUCUUGCUUUUACUCGGUGCAGGUAUGUAUGUUCGGAAAAUAUGAAGCCCCUAAAUUAGACGUGUUGUAUCACGACCAUCCGCAGGGAAUGUUUGGCCGUCUCAAGAACCUCUUUACUUCCCCAGUCAUCGACCCCUCCACGUUUCGCGCGGCGAUGUCCACCUCAACAACGCAACCUGAAACUGCGACAUUUGCGGCUGGAUGCUUCUGGGGCGUUGAGCACAUAUUCUUGAAGCAUUAUCCACCUUCAGAGAACAAGGGGAUCUUGUCAACCCAGGUCGGCUACACAGGAGGGAACCCCUUGGUCACCAACCCAACCUACAAACUCGUCUGUGGAGGAGCUACAGACCACGCUGAGGCUCUCAAAAUUGAGUUUGAUCCCUCCAAGGUAUCGUAUGACGAGCUCGUUGAGUUCUUUUACAGAACACACGAUCCGACAACCCUCAACCGCCAAGGGGCUGAUACUGGGACGCAAUAUCGUUCUGCAAUCUUCACGCAUUCGGAAGAGCAAGAGGCUAUCGCGAAGCGUGUCACUGAGGAAGUGCAAGCUAAACACUUCACGCCGAAGGGUAAGAAGAUUGCGACCGAAAUUGUUCAGGCAGGACCGUGGUGGGACGCCGAAGAAUACCAUCAGCUGUACUUGUUCAAGAACCCAAGCGGAUACCAAUGCCCCACCCAUCGUUUGCAUUGGUGA